AUGCUCUUGUGUCCAGUUAAGUACAUUUGGUCUCUCUCUUUGACCAAGGACAAGAUUAGAGACAGGGAUUCAGACUUCCUAGUUACCACUUACUCUUGGCCAGUGUUUAUGUACAAAGACCACUCCUUUGACUCAGCCAACAUCGAGAAAGGUCUCUUUCACUCAACUCUGCUGCUCAAAGCAUUCAAACACCUCUUUAUGUCUCUGCCCUUUACCAAAGAAAUUGACAGUGAUGGCAAUGGUGCUGAUGUCAUCACAGCAUCUCAACACUCUAACAUCAUUGGUAUGAAGACAGUAACCCCAUGUGCCAUUGCAUACACAGCUUGUCAGGAAAGUGUUCAGAAAGAUUCAUACAGUUUCCCUUACUUCAGCACAGCUUGGGAGGUUUUCAGUUACAAGAAUGAGUUCACAGAGGGAAGUACACAAGGGGGAUUCUCCUUAACACACUAG